UUCCGCCACUGGAAGCCGAGCUAGGUGGGAGUUUCUUCGCGGACAGCUGAGUAGUCGGAGCGAGUCGUCCGCCAGGUAAUUUCAAGAUGCCAGGGCGUUCCAGUUUAAAUUCAGGCUCAACUGGUUUUAUAUCAUUCAGCGGUGUAGAAUCCGCUCUCUCCUCCUUGAAGAACUUCCAGGCCUGCAUCAGCUCCGGAAUGGACACAGCUUCUAGUGUUGCUUUGGAUCUUGUGGAAACUCAGACUGAAGUGAGUAGUGAAUACAGCAUGGACAAGGCGAUGGUUGAAUUUGCUAUAAUGGAUCGGGAACUAAGCCAUUAUGUUAAGGCUGUUCAAUCUACAAUAAAUCAUGUAAAAGAAGAACGUCCCGAAAAAAUACCUGAUCUGAAAUUACUGGUGGAGAAGAAGUUUUUGGCUUUGCAGAAUAAGAAUUCUGAUGCAGACUUUCAAAAUAACGAAAAAUUCGUACAGUUUAAACAGCAGCUGAAAGACCUAAAGAAGCAAUCAGUGAAACCUAAGGAAGACGACGGCCCCAGUGAGUUCGUCAAGAUUAAGGAUAAGGAUGCAAGUAGAGCAGGCAGUGAACGAGAUGGUCUUCAGACUGACAGAGAAGCUGAUGGAACAGAAGGAGUUGACGAAGACAUGAUUGUAACCCAAAGUCAGACCAACUUUAUCUGCCCUAUUACACAGCUGGAAAUGAAGAGGCCGAUGAAAAAUAAAGUCUGUGGCCACACCUAUGAAGAGGAAGCCAUUGUUCGCAUGAUUGAGUUCAAGCAGAAGCGGAAGAAAAAGGCCCGUUGCCCUAAAAUUGGCUGCAGCCAUGAAGACAUGAGGUUGUCUGAUCUCGUCCAGGAUGAAGCCCUCAGGAGGGCAAUUGAGAGCCACAACAAGAAGAAAAACCGUCAGUCAGAGUAGGGCAGAUUCUCCUGCCCGCAGGAAGUCACAGCCUACCUCCUCCCCCACACCACCUGGAGAAAGUGCUCACAGCCACAGCGCAUACCUGGGGGAGAGGCAACGCGAGACUUUUCUGUGUAACUGAGAACAUUUUUCUAUGUUACUUCAAACUUUCCAGCAGAGUAUAAUCUUUAUUUUUAUCAUUUAAAAUAAAAAGUUGAUUAUCCGCAGCA